AAACAAAAGAAUAAUUCAAAGAAAGCCACUUGCCUCACUUCCAACUCAAAAUUCACCCAUAAAUUUACACGAAAAAACUGAAGCAAAGAUGAAGGGAAUCAUCAUUUCAGCCAUUGUAAUGUUGGCCAUGAUUCAGCUCAUGUUUGAGCCAGGACAAGCCCUCACUUGUGGGCAAGUGGAUGCUUCAUUGGCACCAUGUAUUCCGUACCUAACUCAAGGAGGUGAGCCAGGUGCAGCUUGCUGCAGUGGAGUGAAAAGCCUAAAAGGAUUGGCUCAAAGCACGGCCGACAAAAAAGUAGCUUGCAAUUGUGUCAAGGCUGCUGCUAACAGGUACGCAAACCUUAAAGAUGAUGCAGCUCAAGCUCUUCCUACCAAGUGUGGUGUCACCAUGGAUACCCCCAUCUCCAGAAACGUUAACUGUGAUGCUUAUUAAAAGACAGGAGGAAAACUAUGAGCAUCUGCAAGAAAAUAAAGAAGUAUGACUUCUCAGUGAAUCGUUAUAUUUAUUUUGCCUAUGUUGUACUAAUUUUAUUGUAUCUGUAAAAUAAUGGUUCUGGACUCAGUGACAUCCUGAGAACCAUUUUUCAUUAUCUAAGCUUUAUCAAGUUAUUCAAGCUUUGUGAUGUGAAUGCCAACACCAAGCAUAGUGAUAGCAAUUUACAUUUACAUGCUUUUAUGCUUCCCUUUCGACCAGUUCAUUGCUUUUAAGAGGAAAACCGUAGGAAAAUAAAUGUAAGUUAAUCUUACAACCUUUCAUGCUUCCAUAUCAAGAAGUUCAUUACUUCAAAAAGGAAAACUAGAAUAGAA